AUAUGAAUUCUGUUAGCCGCUACCGUUUCAUUUUAGUAAUAACUUUCUACCCUCUGUUCCUUCCAAACACCCUGUCUCUCUCUCGUAUUCAUAAGAACCAACCACCCCAGCCCAGUUGAUAGAUAGACCCUUUUGGUCAAGCCACCCCUCCUCUUCCUUGUUCCACCCAUUUUUAAUCCUUGCUGCCCAUUUUAUUAAUUAUAAUUAAUUACUAAUCAUAAUUAAUUAUAAUUAAUUAAAAUAUCCUUGUUUUUAUCAGCUCCUAUAACUUCUAGUAAUUGAUCUGGUUACAAGGAAAUUAGCAGCAAGAGAUCUGAAAGCAUCCCCUCUUACUAGGAAAGUUGAAGAUUUCCUGUUCUUUCACACACAUAUUACAACACACACAUACUAAACGAGAAAGUUUUUAUGUAUGUAUGUUGGUUUGGUUUUAGUUACGCGUGGCUGUCUGGAUUGGACUCGUGUAAGCAUGGUGGCCUCUGUUUGAGAUGACUAGUUGUAGUUUAUGUGAGUUUGUAUGUAUCUUUUAUACAUACAGAUCGAAACACAACUGCAAGACUCUCAUAUCUCUCUUCUCUCUCUUCCACCGACAACAACUAGUUAGUUGUUGAAACUAGUUUGACUUUGCAAGUAUGAUGCGUAUGAAGGGUAUUUACUCGCCGGAGAAUGAAAGCUCCGGCGCCAAGGAUGUGUGGGAAAUGAGGCCGGGUGGAAUGCUUGUGCAGAAGCGGGACCCAGAUGCAGAUCACCACCGUGUUCCGCCGCCGCCAACUAUUAGAGUUCGUGUCAAACAUGGUUCUGUUUAUCACGAGAUUAAUAUCAGCUCUCAAGCAAGUUUUGGGGAGUUGAAGAAGAUGUUAUCCGGGCCGACGGGAGUUCAUCAUGAAGAUCAGAAGCUGUUUUAUAAAGAUAAGGAGAGGGACUCUAAAAGUUUUCUUGAUAUUGUUGGGGUGAAAGAUAAGUCGAAGAUUGUGCUUAUUGAAGAUCCAAUUGGGCAAGAGAAGAGGCUUCUGGAGAUGAGAAGGAAUGCUAAAUUGGAGCAAGCUUCUAAAUCUAUUUCACAGAUUAGCUUGGAGGUUGAUAGGCUUGCUGGUCAGGUUUCAGCAUAUGAAUCUAUAAUAUCUAAAGGUAAAAAUGUUGGCGAUAAGCAAUUGGAGACUUUAAUUGAGCUGUUAAUGAACCAACUUGUCAAGUUGGAUGGCAUUUUUGCCGAUGGAGAUGUCAAAUUGAAGAGAAGAACGCAGGUCACGAGAGUGCAGAAGCUUGUGGAAACAUUAGAUAUGUUAAAGGAAAAGAGCUCAAAGCCUGGGAGCACGGCAACUCAUAUUGCUCCAAAACUUGAAAAGAAGCCAUUGCCGAAUCUUCUAGAUAUGUUAACAGUGAAGACCUCAAUGUCCACCAGCAAAGGGACCGGUAUUAGUCAAAAACUUCAGCAGAAGAAACCACCAAUUCCAAGGCCUCAAGGGAGAUACUCAGGAGAGCAAGUUCCAUCUCCACCAAUUCCAAGGCAGCAAGAGAGAUACUCGGGUGAGCAAGUUCCAUCUCCAACUCAGCAUCAACAGUCGAAGCGUUCUGUUAGGCAGUUACCUGUAAAUGUUCAGAAACAAGAAGCUACUCACUCACCAUCAGGAUCAGUAGUCAUAACCACACAAUGGGAAACUUUUGAUCCUGUUCCAGCACCAAUGCCUCCAACAUCAAAGGCAGCAUCAAGCAAUGAUAGUGCAAAACCUCCUCAAUUUACGUGGAAUUUGCUUUAAAGCGGUAAAAAACUCUUGUGUUUUGGUGUGUGGGGAUGUGUGUUUUGAGUUUGUGUGUCCAGUUGCUUUGCUGCCUAUUUUCUUUUAUUCUUUGUGUGUAGAGUUUUUGAAUUAUUAUCUGUGAAUGACUUGUUACUUGAGAAAAUAAAUGGCGGAACUCUAAUACCGCUAGCAAUAUUACAUUGUCUUUCGCUUA